ACAGUCAGCGCUGUUUUCACUUGUCCACGUAACCCUGGUAAUGCUACUGCUAAGUUCCUCACUUUAACUGCCCGAGUGCAACAUUGUAACAUUAAUAUUCGCACCCUGAAGCUGUACGGUGGGAUCCCAGGACUUCGGUAUUUUGGUGGCAACUUUUGUAACUCGUCACUUCCGGAGACGCGUAACAAUGUUACUCUGCACUUUUGGGUGAUAAUGAAGAGGCUGGAACCUGUUCUGUUUUGUCUGAUCGUCGUGUUACUGUGUUACUGGCAUCCUGUUCAUCAUGGCUACUGCUCAGAGCAGAAUCAGCUCGACCUACAGAAUCAGCCGCAAACUGCAUCAGACGUCCCAAAUCGGCAGGACGAGCCCGAGGAGAACAGUGGGAAUGACAAGGACGCGCUUCAGGAUCCUCUUGCUGUUUAUACUGUAGAACAUCAAACACAGGCCGAUGCAACAGAUGAACCACAGAUUCAGGAAACCGCACUGCAAGACAAUAUUGUUAAGGAUGUUCAGGUGGACAAGGCCCCAGUGGAGGCAGCGGUACUCGAGCAUGAUCCAGAGUCUUCCAUUCGCCCUGAGGAUGAUGACGAUGAUGCUGGCUCUCAGAAUUCACACGUUUCCCCUCUUCCUGUUGCAUCUGUAACUGAAAGUCAGACUCCUGUCUCUGAGGACCUGUCAUCUACUGCUACAGUCUCACCUGCACCAAGUGCAUGCAGUGUCGAUGAUGACUUCUGCUCUUCCUCUCCUGUCAGUCCUGUGUCACCAACCGCUGCCUGUGAUGCAGGAGAAAACCCUUCAUAUGAUGCAGACCUCAACAGUCUUCCCAUGGAGAACAGCAGCACACCUGGAACAGGAAAGGGUACAAAGGCGAGUUUAGGCCGGGCAAGUCAGGGAACCAAUGCCUCCAGCAUGCUGAAAGAACAGGGUGUUCCGGUAUCAACAGAAACAGAUCCAUCUCUUCCCAGCAAAGAUGCAGAAGACAUUCCUACGUUUGACGAGUGGAAGAAGAUAAUGAUGGAGGUGGAGAAUGAAAAAAGUCAAACCACACACACGUCCUGCAAUGGGGGUUCUAGUGCUGUUAAGAAAGUGCAGAAAACCACAAACUAUGCCUCGGUGGAAUGUGGUGCAAAGAUCCUGGCUUCUAAUCCUGAAGCAAAGAGCACUUCUGCCAUCCUGAUGGAGAACGUAGACGUUUACAUGCUGAAUCCCUGCAGCAAUAAAAUAUGGUUUGUCAUUGAGUUGUGUCAGCCCAUUCAGGUGAAGCAGCUGGACAUUGCCAAUUUCGAGCUCUUCUCCUCGACCCCCAAAGACUUUCUAGUCUCAAUCAGUGACAGAUAUCCAACCAACAAAUGGGCCAAGCUCGGGACCUUUCAUGCCCGGGAUGAGCGCACGGUCCAGAGUUUUCCACUGGAUGAACAUUUAUAUGCUAAAUAUGUCAAGAUGUUCACCAAGUACAUUAAGGUGGAGCUGUUGUCACACUUUGGGUCGGAGCACUUCUGUCCCCUCAGCUUGCUCAGGGUUUUUGGCACAAGUAUGAUGGAAGAGUAUGAACUGAAUUCUGAGCCCUCUGAGAGACUUAACUCCCAGGAUGAGGACGAUGAUUAUCCUCCUGGAUAUGUUCCAUCAGACGACAGAUCUUCAAAGAAUCUGAUUGGGUCUGCCAAAGAUGUUAUUCUUAACAUGGUGAAUAACAUUGCUGCUAAUGUGUUGGGUGGAAAUCCAGAAGAUGGAGCUCAGAGUGGAGGCAAUUAUUCCUCCCUGGAUUUAAAUUUGACUGAGACAUCAGGAACUCCAGUUCCGACAGUUUCCUCAACCUCAUCCAAGAUUAUGAUGGAGAGUUUGGAAGUGGACCAACAUGAAUUGAACAAGGUCACAGAGACCCCUUCAGUGACUCAAAGGAGAGACACGGGUCCCACAGCUCCUUUACCCACCACCUCACUCUCAGAGACCGCAACACUGUCAGCUCCAGAGCCCAUUGGGACCACAACAAACAAAGGAGAUCAGAUUGUUACUUUACUACCUGAGGAUGAACUGGAUGAGCCAGACAAGUCUUCCAGCUCUAUAACGCAGAAGGCAGUGAAGGAGGGGGUGAAGGCGCCACAGAAUCAGCAGUACUCAGGAGUGAAAGAGACAUCCGAGCACACUCCUGACUCCUGUUCUUGUGGUUUGCUUAAAGAGUACCUCCUGCAAACCUGCAUUCCCCAUGCAGCUCUCCAGAGGAAGAAGCCAAAAAAGAAAUCUCAUGAAUCACAUUCUCAAUCCAAGGUUUUCCAUGAAAUGGAGACUUCAGUCCCAGUCAUGAGCUCCUCAUCCCUGGUGCAAGGGCCCGACACCUGGACUGUUGAGACAACCUCUCAAAUGGAAGCCUCUGUUGUGGUUGUUCCAUCUUUGCCUGAGAAUGAACAUGGGCUUGAAGUUGGAUCUCUGGAUCUUGCACCAAGCCUUACUUCAGCCCUGGUGACAUUUCCAUACACCGACACCCUUGCCUCUAGAGCCACUCAUGUUGUGGAUUUUCUGGACCCUUUGGCUGUUGAAAGUUCUGAUUUGAAGCUUAAUGAAAACAACAGAGAGAAACCAGUGGAGGAUAAAAGCCCUCCCAUUCUCACCUGUAACCUGGAACUAACAUCCACUCCAGUUUUAACCACCAAAAGUGAUGAGAUGGAUCAAGUCCAGAUGUCUGUAUCUGCAGUAGAGAAAUCUCCCACUGAAAAGAACCCCUUGACUCCUAGUAUGAUGACCAGCACUAUGGACCAAGCAACAUUUACCCCUCUCGCAACCUCCACAGAUCAGCCAUUUGCCCAACCGACCAUAAGCAAGAGUGCAACUCCUGUUGUAACAUUGCCAGCUGCCCCUGGAACAGAAACGUUAGAGGUGAUUUCCAUUGUAGCAGAACCUAAACGUGAGGACCUGGUGGUAGAAGAAGCUUCCCUUGGAGGCCACAGUGGCAACAUUCAAACAGGAACCUAUAGUAAUGGCCAAUCAGUGCAGCCAUCUUCCUCUGACUUCUACGCUGAAAUCCCUGGCUCCACCGAGACCCCAAUCCAUGGCUCCAACCAGAAAGAGUCAGUCUUCAUGAGGCUAAAUAACCGGAUCAAAGCCCUGGAGGUGAACAUGUCCCUCAGCAGCCGCUACCUGGAGCAGCUCAGUCAGAGAUAUCGAAAGCAGAUGGAAGAGAUGCAGAAGGCUUUCAAUAAAACCAUCAUUAAACUCCAGAACACUUCAAGGAUGGCUGAAGAACAGGAUCAGAAACAGACCGAGUCUAUACAGGUACUGCAAAGGCAGCUGGAGAAUGUGACUCGGCUUGUUCUUAACCUGUCGCUGCAAGUGAGCCAGCUACAAAGAGAGGUCUCUGACAGGCACAGCUACCUGCUGCUGUCUGUGGUCCUUGGCUCGCUCAUCUGCAUCGUCAUCUGUGUUAAUUACUGUCGCAUGCCAGCUCCCUCUGCAGAACCUGACGCAUCCAUACCAAACUCCUACAGUUACUGCUGCCUUGACAGAGAAUCCCCUGGUUAUGAGGAUGUGAACCCAAAGCGGAGAGCGUCCUAUCCAUUUUCGCAGUCAUCCCUGCAGAUUGCAACUACUGAAGGUCCAAGUGAAGCAUAUAAUGUAGAAACUCGGAGGAAUUCAACCGGGAGUAAAAAGAAAAAGCGUUGUAAGAUGAAAUCCGGCAGAAAGCCAGAGACUAUAACUCCCACACUACUCUCCACCCUGUCAGCCCCCAAUGGAGGAUUGCAGUAUAACAACCACUGUCCCCAUAAUAUGGACUUAAAACUGCCUCCUUGUAGCCCUGGCCCUCCUCCCUUCUCCUUUAGAAACUCUCAAUCAGAGGGAAGCUCUGGAGACUCCUCCCAGUCAGACGAGCCUUCAUUCUGUGGUAUCGCCUCCUGUAGCCGCAUCUGUGAUCCUCUGCCUGCUCCAAAAAGCCACUCGAAAAAGAGGAACCGCUUGAAAAAGAGCAGCACAGUACUCAAGCAGCUUCUUCAGCCUGUGGAGUGUAACGGCCCGCCAAUCGCAUCUAAAUUCACCCUGCAUGGCUUAAUCACAGGUUCCACAGAGCUGAGCACCAACAGUCUAGGAGUCCCUUUGCUUCGUAGAAAGAACAGUUUUGACUGACAGUGCUAACGAUGCUGAUAUCUGUAGCGACUGCUAAUUGGUAGCUACUAGGUAAGCUACACCAGUAGCUUUAACUCCUGCGGUAAUAUGGUUCUUCUGUGGCUGUAGGAAAUAUGCCUUCAGAGUUGUGGACACUGGGACAAUCAUCGAUCAUCAUCUGCCAAGCAGAGAGGAAUCAGUCAGUCAAAAUCAUGACUAAAACAUGAUUUAAAAAAAUGUCCUAAUACACUGCUGUUUUUAGAAGGAAAAAUCAUUUGCACAGUUUUUAAAUUGGUAUGGCUUGCCUAUGCUUUACAUUUUUAGACUGUGAAUUUAAAAUGUAGUGCGAGUCAGUCAAAAGCAGAUUGUUAAUUGCAAAAUGUUGCUAUUUUUUUUGAUAAAAAUGAAUCAAAAACUG